AAAUGAGAAUCAAAUCUGAAUCGCACAACGUGAGAAUCGCGAUUCAAAUUCGAAUAGAUUUUUUCCCACACCCCUAAUGCCUUCUGUUAACAUGUUAGCUUUUUAAAUUCCUUUUGCAGAUAAACACCUUAAAGUCCUAUAUAUUGUCACUUGACGCUAUCUGGCCAGUGUGCUAACUGUUCGCAUUUCAGUUUGGCUUUUUUUUUUCAGCAUUCACGUACAAUUUAUACUAAAAUUGCAUUUUCCAGUUAAUAUUAUUAGUUGUAAUGACCCCGAAAGGGACAAGCGGUAGAAAAUGGAUGGAUGGAUGGAUGUAAUGAAAUAAAACAGUACAGUAAUUUGACAAUGAGCUCUGAGUAUGUGCUUUUAGUGCCAUCUAGUGACUACUUUUUAAGCCAGCGUGGUAUAAAACAAGUAAAAAAUCAAGACAGUAUCUGUUUUCCAAUUCUUGUUGAAAUCCUGUGCUUUUUGAGCUUACGAGGAACACCAAAUUCAUAAAAUCACAAGUGGAUUCAAUGUUUUUGAACAAAAAUAAAAAUAUCGCAACUUUUGCCACAACUUUAUGAAAAAGCUUACCGCAAAUUCGGGAAUUUUUAGGCCACAACAACUAGAAAAAAAUCCAGCAAAAUCCUCAAGGGAGUUUGUGAUAAUGGACCACCAAAGAAGCGUAUCCAAUCAAAUCGCUGCGAUGUCACAGCCUAUGCAGAUAGUGACAUCAUAUCCAGUGGUUAUGACGAUCCUAGUUGUUUAUUACUGAGUUGGUGAUCAGCCAGCACCUCCCUUGAAAACGUUUUUUUAUUUUGUUGACAGACUCCUUCAGAAGAUAAAGCACCACGUUAAUGGAGAAGAAUGGCCCGAGUGUGGUUGGAGUGCCUCAACUCUUUACCGGGGAUCCCCCUCGAUGUGCUGUCGGUGCCCAUGGAGAAUAAAUACAAAUGUCAGCGGUGUUUCUUGGUCCUGAGGAAGCCGGUGCAGGCUCAGUGCGGCCAUCGCUUCUGUGUGCACUGCUUUAAACAGCUCACCAGUUCCGGCCCAAAGCCUUGCGAGGCCUGUCGCCAGGAGAAAAUAUACGAAGAGCCGACUUCUAUCCUCAAUGUUGGCGAGGCCUUUCCGGACAAUGCGGCGGGUCGGGAAAUAGCAAGUCUUCCUGCAAAGUGUUUGAACGAGGGCUGCACCUGGACGGGAUCAAUCAAAGAGUAUGAGACCCAGCACGAAGCCUGCUGCGACUACGAGCUGGUCCAGUGCGAAGCCUGCAAUGCACACGUCUUCCGCUCGGAGAAGGAGCGUCACAGCGAACGCGAGUGCGAAGCCAGGGUGCUCAACUGCAAAUACUGCAAGCUGACUUUCAACUUUAAAGACAUCAAGGCCCAUGAUGAAGUGUGCCUCAAGUUCCCCUUGCAGUGUAAAGACUGUGGCAAGAAGAAGAUCCCAAGAGAAAAGUUGAGUGAUCAUAGUCGGGCCUGUGUAAAGUCCAAGAGUGCUUGUUCUUUUAGCCCAGUUGGCUGCAAGUUUGUGACGGACAAUGGCAAACUGAAUGACCACGAGCACAGCAGCGUCAUGGAGCACCUGCGCCUGCUGCUGCCCAUGGUUCUGUCUGUUGCCCGCCCCAACACUGAGGCCCAAGGGUCUGGCGAGUGGCAGGAAGACUCGGGUCUGGGUCUGUACAGGGCUCCAGAGGAAGGAGCCUCAUCCUCUAUGCCGUCUGGGGACUUAGAAAAGAAGGUGAGCGCUUUGGAGAACAUCGUCUGCGUGCUAAACCGCGAGGUGGAGCGCAGCUCUGUGACCCUGGAGGCCUUCUCGCACCAGCACCGCCUGGACCAGGAGAAGAUUGAGAACCUGAGCAACAAGAUGAACCAGCUGGAGAGAGUCCUGGCCACCAGGGACUUCCAGCUGUCUGAAACGGAGCAGCUGGUGCGGGAGAUUCAGUGGUGCACAUUUGACGGCGUCUUCGUGUGGAAGAUCUCGGACUUCCCGCGCCGCAGACUCGACGCCAUGAGGGGUCAAACGCCAGCGAUGUUCUCACCAGCCUUCUACUCCAGCAAGUACGGCUACAAAAUGUGUCUGAGGUUGUACCUGAACGGCGACGGCACGGGGCGGGGGACGCACCUGUCGCUCUUCUUCGUGGUCAUGCGGGGGCGCCACGACGCGCUGCUCAAGUGGCCCUUCAGCCAGAAGGUGACGCUGAUGCUCCUGGACCAGAACAACCGCGAGCACAUCAUCGACGCCUUCAGGCCCGACGUCACCUCCACGUCCUUCCAGCGGCCCACCAGCGAGAUGAACAUCGCCAGCGGCUGCCCGCUCUUCUGCCCGCUGGGGAAGCUGGCCGACAAGAGCCCGUACUUGCGAGACGACACCAUCUUCAUCAAGGCCAUCGUGGACCUGUCUGGCUUGUGAGGUCGGCUGUGGAAGUUGCACCAAACAGUGAAAGAUGAACAGUUGGGAUAUAUAUCAUUUAUAUAUACAAUUAUCUGGGAUACUACCUGUUAUAACAAUCACAUAUCUAUAAUAUUAUAUUAUAUUAUAUAAUAUAUAUGUGUAUAAUAUAUUUAUACAUGUCUAUAUAUAUUUAUCAUUGGAGCAUUAACCCUAAUCGGUGUGUGUGUGUGUGUGUGUACAUACAUAUACAUAUAUAUGUAUAUUAGGGCUGCAACUAACGAUUAAUUUGGUAAUCGAUUAAUCUGUCGAUUAUUACUUCGAUUAAUAAUCGGAUAAAAUAGACAAACUACAUUUCUAUCCUUUCCAGUAUUUUAUUGAAAAAAACCAGCAUACUGGCACCAUACUUAUUUUGAUUAUUGUUUCUCAGCUGUUGGUACAUGUUGCAGUUUAUAAAUAAAGGUUUAUAAUAAAAAAAAAUUAAAAAAAAUUGCCUCUGCGCAUGCGCAUAGCAUAGAUCCAACGAAUCGAUGACUAAAUUAAUCGGCAACUAUUUUUAUAAUCGAUUUAAUCGAUUAGUUGUUGCAGCCUUUAUAUAUAUAUAUAUAUAUAUAUAUAUAUAUAUAUAUAUAUAUAUACACAUACACAUAUAUAAUAAUAAUUUAUAAGGGGCACUCAAGGACACCGUACAAAAUCACAACAAUAAAAUCAAAUUGGAUAAAAAAAACAAUAACAACAAAGAUAGAGAAGAAAAGAUGAUUACAAUGAAUAAGCAGUCAGGAAUAGGUGUAGGUUUUGAGUCUUGAUUUGGAGAGGGAUAUUGAAUCUAAGUUGCGAAGGUCUGGUGGUAAAGAGUUCCAAAGAUGCGGGGCAGAACGGCUGAAAGCUCGGGCACCCAUGGUGGACAGUUGAAAUAAAGGGAGAGUGAGAUGGAUGGAUGAAGAGGAUCUUAGGGAACGUGAGGGCGUGGCGACAUGGAUCAGGUCAGAGAGAUAUGAUGGAGAGAGGUUAUGGAUGGCUUUGAAAGUGAGGAGAAUUUUUUUAAAGUGGAUGCGAUGUUUAUAUAUAUAUGUGCAUAUAUAUACAUGUAUAUAUAUACAUAUAUAUGUAUAUAUACAUGUGUAUAUAUAUAUAUACAUUCACAUACAUAACACACACAC